CGGGUAGAUAGAUAUUGAUCUGCGGACCUCAUCCCGCUGAUCGAAACUCUCAUGAAAAGAGAAAACAAAAACAGAAACAGAAAAACACUCCCAGCGACAGUUUUGAGAUAUUACAGCUUAUGGUGAUCGCUGACUCCGGGUACCCGUAAUUACUUAGUUGCUCCUGACAUGGCGAGAAAAAUAACACGACUGGGCGCGCUCUGUGCAGCAAUCGCUGCUCAGGGGGCCGAAGCAGCCGUCAGCUUUGCCAUCCCCAACAAGGCGGGAACGGGCGCACAACUGUACGCGCCCCUCGAUCCGGCGCCGGUGGGCAUCUCGUUCGAGUUCUUUGCCUUCCCUUCCUACUUCACCAACGUCACGGCGACCAAGCAGUGCCUGGCCAACUGGAAGGACCUCACGGGCGUCUGGCCCCCGAUCCGGAUCGGCGGAACCACCCAGGACCGAGCCUCGUAUGACUCCUCCACUUCGGCAUACGUCGUCUACUCGGUCGCCAACCCGGCCGACGCCCCUGCGACCCUGACCUUCGGUCCCAAGUUCAUGACCCUCGCCGGCACGUACCCGGGCAGUGUCGUCGUCGGCUUGAACAGGGGCAAGAACAACAUUGACAACACGAUCGCCGCGGCCAAGGUUGCCGUCAGCGAGGUUACCAACCUGUUGGCCAUCGAGUUGGGCAACGAGCCAGAGUACUACCCCAAGGAUGGUCAACCCAUCGCCAGCGGCACCUGGAACCCCUCGGUCGACGCGGCCUCCCAGGUGGAUUGGAGCAUCCGGGUCGGCAGCGCCGUCGGCAAGCGGAACAUCAUCCAGGCCGGCAACUGGAACCAGCCGCCGCCGGAAUGGGGCGCCGCCCAGCUGAUCGCAAGCGAGAACGCCACCGCGAGCCAGUACAUCCGUCACUACGCCCACCACAACUACCCGGGAGGCGACGUCCAGAAGCUCCAAUCCCACUCCCAGACCUCCAGCAACGUCCGCUCCAUGUUCGCCGCCGACGUCGCCGCCGUCAAGCAGCAGACGGGCAAGGAAUACGUCCUCGGCGAGACAAACUCUGUCUCGGGCGGCGGCGCGGCCAACGUGUCGCCGACGUUUGGCGCGGCGCUCUGGACGAUGGACUACGCGCUGCGGGCGGCGGCGCACGGCAUCUCGCGCGUCUACUUCCACCACGGCACCGUGGGCAACUGCCAGUACUGCUUCUGGGGCCGCUACUCGAUGGGGGCGCCCUACUACGGCGCGACGGCCGCCGUCGCCCUGGCCGCGGGCGCCAGCUCCAUCGCCGCCCUCGACGCCGGCACCGACGGGUACGCCGCCUACGUCACCUUCGACGCCGCCGGCGCCCCCCUGCGCGCCCUCCUGUACAACUCGGACUACUACGCCGGCGGCGGCGCCGAACCCCGCUCCUCCCAGCAGUUCACCCUCACCGGCCUGCGCGGCGACCGCGUCCGCGCCAAGCGCCUCACCGCCGCCAGCUCCCUGUCGCGCGCCGACCGCGGCAACGACAUCUCCUUUGGCGGUCAGUACUGGGUCAACGGCACCUGCGUCGUCGGCGGCGAGGAGGUCUUCGAGACGGUCGAGGUCGCCGGUGGCAGGGCGACGUUUGAUAUCAAGGCGGCCGAGGCCUUGUUGGUGUAUCUGUGAAAAAAAAAAAAGGUGAAAUAAGAGGUUAGUUAGUUAAUUAGAAGAGGAGAUGAAAUAAUAGAUGAG